AUGGAUCAGAGCAACAAUGUACAUGUGAGGUGGAAUAAGCAUCAAGCUACUUUGAUGUCUCUUUUUGGUGGUCUGUUCGACAGUGAGAGGUUAACAGACUGCACUAUUAGUGCUGAGGGGCAGCAUUUGAGAGCGCAUAAAAUAAUUCUUUCAGCUUGUAGCCCAUACUUAGAGGAACUGUUCACUGAAAACUCUGUGAAACAUCCAGUCAUUAUCCUGCAUGAUGUAAAAUAUGAUGUGCUUAAGGCUUUGAUGGACUUCAUGUACCAUGGUGAAGUAAAUGUACCGCAAAAGGAGUUUAGUGGUGUUCUGAAACUCUCGGAGUCCCUUCAGAUAAGGGGUCUGUCUCACAGUGGAUGUAUAGAUGAUGUCAACAUACAGAAAGGGAGUGGAAGAAAUGCACUAUCAGUACCUCCUGAAACUCUCCCAUUUCAACCUGCAUCUGUGUCUUGCUUUACCCCAGCUCAAAAUGAAGCAGAAGAAAAGAUGGAGCCAUAUAGUGAAUGCUAUCAAACUGUGUUGUCCCAGGAAAGAAGUUCUGUGGAAGUAGACUUGGUUCCUAAUCCCUUUCGAAUGUACGAAAAAAAUAUUAAUCACUGUGGUUCUGAUCAGAGAGCAGGCCGAAAUGUAUUCGAAGAUGUUAUUACUCGUGACUGUGAUAGUAAUUGUCGACUUCCAUCUCGUCAGCAAAUACUGUCUACAUCAAAUAACCCUACUGGUGGAGCAGCUUUCAGUCCAGUCCCCCAUCAUUCUAAGCGCAGUCAGUUGCAGAUCUCCCGUGAAGAAUUGACUUUUGAUCUGAUUGUUGCAGAAAAGGAACAGUUUUCAACUCCAGAAACAGUAUUAAUUCAUCAGAAACCAGCAAAUUUGAAUGCACAUCCAGAAGAGAUACCAUUAGAAACAGAAUCUGAGGUGCCUGAUAGUCACGUAGAAGUAGUGGAAGUACAGGACAGUGAUGAUGAUCAGGAUGAUAAUGGUGGUGAUUAUCCUGAUGAUGAUGACAGUGCUCAUGAAGACAUUGUGGAGGGCAGGACAGUGAGUGAAGAUGUUUCACAUGGGGAGAAUUUUCAUACUGGAGGGAUGAACAGUCUUCAGUCACUAUUUGGCAGUGAUUAUAUGCAUAAUGUGACAUUGGCAUCAUCUCCCACUGCAUUACACUGUCGAUUUGUUUCUCACAGUUGUGGGAAGUCUUAUAAAUAUCAUAGAGGGCUAAAAAGACACUUGAAAUACUAUUGUGGCAAAGAACCUCAGUUUCAGUGCCCUCGCUGCAACAAACAUUGUGCUAGGAGAGAUGAAUUAAAGGCACAUAUGUCUACUAGUCGUUGUCAGAUGCAAGGAAAGUAUUGCACUCUUUGA